AGCCCGCCGCCUCCUCCUCCUCCUCCUCCUCCUCCUCCUCCUGCUGCUGCCGCUUCUCCGCCUCCAUCGCCGCUCCGCCGGGCCGGGCAGGACACAGCCGGCCAAGGAGGUGAUGAUGGUGCUGGGGAGACUCGUGAGGAAGCCGCCGUCGCCGCCGGGCAGCUGCAGAGCCUUCUGGGGAUGGCUGAACGCCGUGUUCAACAAGGUGGACUACGAGCGCAUCCAGGCCGUGGGCCCCGACCGGGCGGCCUCGGAGUGGCUGCUGCGCUGCGGGGCCCUGGUGCGGUUCCAGGGCUCCCCAAAGUGGCAGCAGGACUACAACGGGCUCCCCACGGGGCCCCUGGGCAAGUACAAGAUAGAAGCCAUUAAUGCCACCGACUCCUGCAUCAUGUACAGAGGAUUCGACUAUCUGGACGGUCUGGAGCACGUCACGGACAUCAAGCUGGAGAAGUGCAUGUACAUCCAGGACGAGUGUCUGCAGAGGCUCAGCGAGACAAACAACCUGCAGAAGAGUCUCCUCCAGCUGAAGAUCAUCUCCUGUGGGAAUGUCACAGACAAAGGCAUCCUUGCCCUUCACAAGCUGAUGAACCUUAAGUAUUUGUAUCUGAGUGACCUUCCUGGGAUCAGAGAGAAAGAAACCACCUUUCACGCCCUCCAGCAGGCGCUGCCAGAGCUGGAGCUGGAGCUGGACUUGGACUAAACACGACAGCAGUAACUGAGAUGUGACUUCCUAGUAUUUAUCAUAUAUUGCAUAAA